UACUGUUUUGCUUUGUCAUUAUGGGAUAUCAAUUUUAGAAUACAGCUAUAAGAUAACAAAAUGUGUAUUAAGUCAAGGGCUCUGAAUACUUUCCCAAUGCACUGUAUAGUAAGUAUGUGGUCGUAAUUCUGCUAAAACUGCACUAGAUGGCAACGUCUCAACUGUUUUAGGAUCGUGCAUAAAAAGAGCCUUGCACGCCACUGAACGUCACACAUGUUCUUCCGCUGUUUGUCCUAAUUUGAAUUGAAUUUAAAAAGUGACUGUAUCGAAUUUAUUGUAUUGGAAUAUUUGUUAUGUUUAUUGAUAAAGUAAAUUAUGUAUGUGGUAACAUAAAGGGCCUGUGCCCCUCAGAGUAAAAGUCCUAUCCUGUAUCAGAGCAGCACAUGUUGGUGGAGACAUUUUAUUGUUUAGCAUGAGUUUUGGUUAUUUAGAUACCCAAAAGCAUAGUUUCCAGUUGAAGAUGGGAAAUUUACUAUAUUGAAAUGUGGGUAUUAGGCACUGUGCACACUCGCUCACUUUGUGAUUGACAAACAGCCAGACAGAGAAAGAGGAGGGGGGUGGGGGUGAGUAAGAGAUCAUUCUCUCACUCAGACUAGACCAUUGCAUUGCAUGUCUUGGAAGUACUCAGAUUGAUGAGAUGAUCACUCAAUUUUUACACGUGUUGGAAACUAUGAGAAGAAAGAGACCACGAUGAAAAAAUCCAAUACCCCAAAUCCAGUAUCAAAAGAGGGAUAAUGUCAAUACCAAACGGGACUGGAGAAACUGGCGCAAAGGACUACACCUAUGUACGGGUUUGUGCGUCGACCGUCUCCUUCAUAAUAUUGGCGUUCUUCAACAUCGUCAUUAACUGGACUAUAGUGCGCGAGGAGCGACUUCGGAGCCAUGCGCGCUUUGUGUUAGUUUUUCACCUGUUGAUGUCAGCUCUGGUGUACUUUGGGAUGUGCUCUGUUUUCUACCUCCAGAUUUACCUCGGCGCCAGGCUGGUGGCAUCCAUCUGUGUGGCCAUGGUAACUGUCCUAAUCACCAGCGCGUCCAAUAUACUCCUGACUCUCACUGCUAUGGCGCUGGACCGUUAUUUUGCUGUCUGUCACCCUAUGAAGUACAGUUCUGUCUGGCAUUGGCCCUGGUUAGUUGGACUACUGACGUGGGGGCUCGCGCUGGUUAUUCCCCUCACUCUGCUCCCCAAGACGGAGCUGGACGCAACUGGUCCAAAUGGGGAAUGUGGACGGGAACAGCUGAAGAAAGGUGAACUGAAAAAAAUCUUGCUGAUAUCUGUGUGUACGAUAUUGAUUCUGUACAGUUAUGUAAGGAUACUGUUUGAGGGGCGAAGGUUGGGGGUGAUAAAUCGACGCAAUAGUGUCGGAUGCAAGACCAUCGCCCUGCACUUUACUCAACUCGCCGUGUACAUCCUCCCCAACUUUGUGCUAAUAGUUAUCCAGAAACAAGAACACCUUCAGUCGGGGACCAAAGAACUGUCAGCGGUGGUGAGCUUUGCCUUCUUUAGUUUGGCGCAGUGCAUAGCACCAAUCGUCUACGGUUUGCGUAAAGAGGAACUCUUGGAGCAGGUGCAUCGCCGGUUCCCUUGUUGUUCCCGCCACCUGAAAAGCGUUCUGGAGUGGACCGUGCGUGCCACGACGCCUCGUCUGCAUCCGCAUCCACAGCCACGGGAAAGAACAUUGACAUCCCAGACACUCAUCUCACUGGAGCCUCCACAGACACCAGUAUAAGGGAAGAGGGAGCCCUCACUACUAACUCAACUACCCCUGUAACAGACCCAUCAGUAUGUCUCCAGUGCUCCAUAGGCUGGGCUAAAUACGUUUUGUACCAGCCUGAUACUGCCACCCAAAUGCCAUGGAGACGCUGGUGGAAUGGAGGGUGUAGCAACUAGACAUCACAACACAUUUGGGAGCAUAUUGUAUAUCCAUACAGUGUGGAUUCACCCUCUUUUGCUGAUUCAUUCAUACAGUACUUGAAUAUCCAGCAUCUGCACAAAGCUGUGAAAGUGCUUCUGUUCUACCCAGGAUGUAGUGACUCUAUAGGAAUGGGUAUCGCUAUGAACAUACCGGCCCCAGACCUGUAUUAUGUUAACUGUACAGAGUCAGAGAAGAGUCCAACGAGGUUUUGACUAAUCGGACUGAAAAUGUACCGUACAAAACAGUGGCACAGCCAGAGAUUUGUUGAUGGGUGGGCCAAAAAUAUACACUACCGUUCAAAAGUUUGGGGUCACUUAGAAAUGUCCUUGCUUUUGAAAGCAAUUAAAAUAACCCACAAAACACCCGUCUCAACGUC